AUGACAUCACUGAUCCGAUUCGGCGAUGAUUGGCGGCAACAGCGGCGGUGGAUGCAGGAUGCUUUAUCAACCUACAACACCAUCCGUAGCUAUCGCCCACUGCAGAUGAACGAGGUCAAUAAGCUCAUUGCUCGAUUCGCAACUUCUCCGGAUUCGUUCUUCACUCAUGUCCAAAGCUAUGGGAGCAAUUUCACCUUGGAAAUCGGAUAUGGGCUUGAUGAGACGUUUGCGAAAGAGAAAUUCAGUCAUAUAGCAGAGAAAGCUCUGGUGGCGGUAUUCCAAUCGGGGACUCUUGUUGCAACGCUGGUCGACUUCUUCCCCUUUCUACAAUAUGUGCCUAGUUGGAUGCCUGGCGGUAGAUUCAAACGGCAUGCCUCUGAUACACGACAGAUCAUUCGCCAGAUGAUAGAGCUGCCAUAUAACACGCUCCGUGAGAAUAUGAUGACUCCGCAACAAGAAGAGAACUUAAAGGGCGCUGCAUCAACUCUAUGGAUGGCGAUGGUCUUGUAUCCUGACGUAGCAGCAAAAGUGCAGACGGAAAUUGAUUCUGUUACUGGAGGGGAGCGACUGCCAGAAAUCGAGGACAGAAAACACUUGCCGUAUCUCGAGUGCGUGCUUAUGGAGGUAUACAGGCGCCAAGCCCCUCUGGGCCCUGAUACACCUCUUUUCGGCAGUCGCAUCCCGCCCGGCACUUCGACUCAGUCACCCAACACUUCGAUUUCGCCUUCGACGCUGAUACGACCUACGAAACCCUAA